AUGAAUUGUUAAUCAUAAUGCUGCUUCUAAAUAAAUCAGCCUUCUUUUAGAGGUAGUUCUAUCUCAAUUAGCUUUAAUCCCACAUCAUUUUAGCUUCAUUAACAGAAACCUUUAACUAUACAUAGUAGGCAAACAAGCAGAUGUUUAUAAAUAGCAAACAGAAUAGACAUAGAAGUUUCCUUCAAUGACGAACUAAUUUAUAACUCUUAAUAAAGAGUAAAAAAUUCACUUUGA